AUGUUCGCUCAAGAGGAUAUGUUUUCUAAUAUAUUUCAGGAAGGACAAAGCGUUAUAGUGCACUAUGUUGUACUAGCUUCCGGCCUGGUUAUAGAGACAAGUUCUACCGUUAUUCGCAUUCAGUGCGACUUGUUGAUGACCGGUGAACCCAGCAGAAAAAACUUGGUGCUUUUUCUCAAAGGAGCGGCACGUUUUUCUGGAGAAGUUGAAAACCGUGAUCUUUAUAUUAGGUACUUUGAAGAGAGAGGAGUUAAAUCAAUUGCUUUACCUCCACUUUCCUAUUCUGUUGCCUACGAAAAUGAAUCUUUGCUUUAUGAAGCCCUUAACAAUGUUAACGCAUACUCUGGUUUAAUAGUGACAAGUAAAAGAGCUUUGUUAUUACUCCAACUGGUUAUAAAAAAACUAGAAGAGCAUCAAGUGAAAAAAAUAUUAAGUACUCCGCUUUAUGUGGUUGGCCCUUCUACAAAGUUAGCUGCGGAGAAGCUAUUCUUCAUAGAUUGCCGCGGAGGACACUCACACAAUGCUCAAGCACUGGCGGAAUAUAUACUAUCUUCCUCCUCAGCCACAUCUUCACCUUUUUUAUAUCUCUGUGGCAACAAUCACUUGCGAACUGUUUCCGUUAAGUUUGCUUCAAAAGGUUAUCUGCUAGAGGAGAUUAUUAGUUAUAAGAUAACGGAGAACGAGGGUUUUAAGGAAAAACUAAAGGCUUUAUUGGUGCAAGAAGCUAUAAGCCAUAUUGUAUUUUUCAGCCCGUCUGCUGUUUCCUUUUCGCUUCCAGUGCUACUGCAAUUCAUUGGUAAGGGCGUAAGAGUUGGUGCUAUUGGAAAGACCACCUCCAGUUCAUUAGCUGACGCUAACGUACGCGUUGACUUUGAAGCUCAAGCGCCUCAGCCUACUGCACUCUUUAACUCCAUCAAGUCACACCUUUGGCCUGAAUAG